AUCUGAUAACGGACAUUCCAGUCAUUGAUUUUCCAUUCCUUCUGGUGCCAACCCCGCAAUCGUCCACCACACAUUCUUUAUCGGUACCGCAAACGAACGUUUGACAGGCACUAAAAAUAGGAGGACCAUUCGAUAAGGAAGUGUGACAGUUGACGUGACAAUUGAUCAAAAAUAGCAACUGCAAUACAAAUAACCUAUAUCAACCCGCUCCUUGGCUGAACGUCAUUGACUACUACAUCACAUCGCUGGAAACUCUCGGAACCACGACCAUGUCCUCACUGACACGAGCAUUUACAAAGCGCCACAAGCGCCCCGAGGUAUCGGCACCAAUGCCCUACCGGGAAGGACAAGUCAAAUUCUCCGCUGGAACCAUCAAUCGGGGAAAGAUCUCUGCACCGGUGGAAUUGUUGUCGACCACGAAUAUGCUCGCCUACAAUGCUCCCGAUCUUCAUUCAGCGGGAUCGUCAUCUACGUCAUCUCUCCAAUCUCCAGAUGAUUCGGAAUUGUCUUUUGGGAAUCAGAGUUUUGGGUCGCCCAUCACAACACCCAGCGACUCCCCCGUGGAGCCCAACCCUCUAUCGUCAUAUUUCCCCAAGCGCUCAGCGACCGUGACUAGCUAUCCUCGAUCCUCUACAUCGACCACAUCGUCUACAGAUGCGCCCUUGGUUCCCAAGCGGGCGCUUUCCCACACGAAACGCUCCCAUCAAGAGUUAGCUCGUCAGCGCUCUAUCUCUCGGCUAUCACCUCCUCCAUUAAAUUCCGUGCGCAGCAGUCCUGUAAUUCGCCCAGCGCAGGAAUACUCCAAUCCCGAACCACACCCAUUUGGGAAGGAGCUGGAGCAAGUGAAUGAGGUUGUGGAAGAGUUUGGUGGCGCUCGUGUACUCGAUGAAGAAGAGCUUGUUUUGCAGAACAAAGGCCUGAUGAAGUUUACCGUGGACGAAUACCUGGUAGAAAUUGAAGAUCUCUACGGAAGCAUCUUUGACGAUCGAAUGGGUCCGAUUGCUUCGGGACAGUGGCUAUGAGGCUUCAUUGUCAUGCAGAAACGGCUCGAUGAUGUCGACCGGAAGGGGAAAGAACUGGUUCUUCUUAUCUCUUCAUCGUUUGUUAUGACCUACUAAUAUUCGCUCUUUAACGAACUCGUCUGUUAUUUUUGUUCUUUUUACCGGCUUUAUACCAUUGGGAGAGGAUCCGUUCCUUGUGUGAAUUUUUUUUCCUGCUAUCUUGUGGUCUAUGUUUCAAUUUACAUAUUGUUUUUCUUGAUGGGUUAUGUUAUGGUACUGAAAUCGAAGGAACCGAUGAUGAGUCUCAUCUCUAUGCUUUUUGCCUCCUUUUUAAUCGUAGUAGGUUUAGAAA